AUGACAAGAGUUCCCCUAAAGCUUGAAGAUCUUAUCAAUGCAUGCUAUGUUGCUGACGACGGAGACUCAGAGAUAUCAGAUGACGGCCAAGAUGGUCAAAGAAAUCACAAAUUGACUCCUACACCAAGAAUCUUAUUCAGUGAAGACAAAGAUAUACAAAUUAAUAGUAGCUCGAGUCAGUAUAAGAGGCCCGUUAUUGAAUCAGGAGAUACCACCCAUUUUAAGCUGUUUGGUAAGAUACCUUCACCGAAAAAGUUCAACCAAACGAAUGUGGUAGGUGGUCCUACUCUACUACCACCAAUAGUAUUCUCGAAUGAAAAAGUGGCAUUCAAUAAUUUCUCCUAUAACAUUGCCCUGAUAAAUAGAGAAUUGGAAACGGUUCUGUCAUUGGUUGGGAGAGAGGAUGGUUCAAGAGGUGGAACGCCUGAUAUUCUCCACACCUCCCCAACCUAUGCCUCAAUUCAACAAAUCAAUCAGACCCCCAUCUUUGCCCCAAGUUCCGAAAUAAGUAGUUCUCCAGUUUAUUCACAACAGCGUAGUUAUGGUAGUGAAAUUGAGAUCGAUGAUGCCUUUUUGACUAGUGAAACAGUUCAAGCUCAAGAUCAGGAUGAAAGUUAUUAUCUGACGGGACAGGAGUCUUCAACUAUUCUGACGGGACAGGAGUCUUCAAAUAUUCUGACGGGACAGGAGUCUUCAAAUAUUCUGACGGGACAAGAGUCUUCUAAUAACACUUCACUGAUAGACUACGAAUACCUGUCGGAAGAAUAUAUUCCCAAACGAAGACCACAAAACAAAAAAAAAUCAUCCUCAGUUAACAUUCAAAGAUCGAACAAAUCAUUGAAAGUUAAGAUUUCAUAUAAACGGGGUCGAACCAAAAAAACCAAAGUUAGAUCGAAGAAUGGAUGUUGGAUUUGUAGAAUAAGACACAAAGCUUGUCCUGAGGAACGUCCUGAAUGUACACAAUGUGUUAGGUUGAAACUUGUUUGUGAUUAUUCACCCACACGUCCUCAAUAUAUGACAAAUCCUGAAUUGAUGGCAGAAAAGUUAAGGAGUAUAAGAUUGGUAACAGAUGCAUCAAAGAAGUUAAUCUAUCAAGGGAGAAUCACAAAUGAACCCACCAAGAAUUGA